CACACCACAGCUACCACACCUCUAGUCAAUCGAAUUGCGUCCAUCAAAACAACAUUUGGUCUACAAGAGUAGAGCAGAAAAACAUCACCUCUUGCCCAUUAUGCAUUGCCAGUCAUGUCAUAAGCCACCACUAGCCGCGCCUGGCAGCGGCUAAUUAUCCUGCCAAACCACCAGUGGAGAACAUGGCUGCCAAGAGCUCUGAUUUCGUAAACGACACAAUUCCCUACUUGUUCUCAGACGUAGCGACAUGCAUGGUUCGCAGGAAGUUUUUGCAUUACUUUCAUUUUGCGAAAUGCCUGCGUGGAGUGUUUAGUCCAUUCACUGUGAGAGUACGGUAGAUCUUCAGCUUUACUGACGACACGACGCAUGGAAACCUCAUCACUUUCCACGCCCCCAUUUCAAAUACAACAUCAUGGCAGAGUGGCGCAUUAGCGAAGAAUUUCCAUUGCGGGAAAUGGACGGCUUGGACCACGAGCGCUGCGCUGCGCUCCACAAUUACGUUGUUGAAUUAGGGUGGGCUCAGCGCGGGCUGACACUCGACACCCUCGACAAACGCACAUGGUGGCAAUGCUAUGGCGGUGAUGCAGCUCUUGCAAAUACAGCUGAACGUCUCAAUACCUCUGUGGUGUCUUUCCUCAAAGUGGCUUGGCAUGGAUUUGCAAUGGAUUCGGCCUCAAAGCCUCACCUUUUCCAUCGGUACCUGGGGGCCUUGAGCUCGCCAGAACAACUCUGGCGAGCCAUGGAUUAUGCCGAAUGCGAAGAAGAUUCUGACAAACCCUGCUAUGUUUUGCUGUACAUGGCGAAUGGGGCACUGGGCGCAACUCACCCAUUGGGACUUGUUUUGCAUCAAGUUGAAGCCACAGCUAUGCAGCACAUGUCCAUACGUGACACCGAAAUCACCAUGAAUGGCCGGCAACUGUGGCUACCUCUUGAGGUUGUCCUUGAUAGCUUAGUUGAUAUGAUUGAGCAAGGCAAGAUUCUAGCCGUUGAUGCGACUUACGAUGGGGAGCAAGAGCGCACAGAGCCGUGGAUCAUGCCUUCAUACACGGAGCGAGACCUUGAAGAGUCCCUCCAAGCUUUUCAGCAGCUGGUAGACGCGAUCCACGACAGAAUGCCAUCUCAACCGCAGAACGUCGAACAAGGUCUGCUGGAGAUGGUGACAGCCGGGAACCCGGAUGUCCUGCCCGCAAACAGCUUCGCACAUCGAUUUCUCGCCCAGUGUCCGCGACCUGGCUUUACUCACAUCGCCCCUGGCUUGAGCAUCGCCCAAAACCAGCCUUUUGCCCCGGCGUCAGGGCAAGCGCACGCCAACAGCCUCUUCCCACUUCUUCUCCUCGCAAGCACAUCACCUGCCCACCAAGAAUUCCGACGCGCACCGUGGGGAGAGCAAGUGCGAGACUCGCCUUUUGCGCGCGACUUCAACAACAUCUCAUCGUACCCAGCCGGUCUCUACCUCAGCGAAAGCGAUCCCCACGGGCCCCGUCCUUUCGAGGAUGGCUGUAAACUUGUUCUUCCAUUCACACUUGGGUCCAACGCAUUUGCGCGCACCAGCGACGGCGCGUUGAUCGGCGAGCAUGUGCGACGGGAAGGAGAUGAGACUGCUGAGAUUGAACCAAAGAGUGCGGACCUAUACCAAUUGGGUUACAACCAUUUCAUUGCGGCGCAUGAUGUACAGCUCAAGUAUGUGCUAGGAAAAUGGCUGGAGAUGAUUGAAGAGGGGAAGUGGGAGGUCGACGAGUAUGGCGUUGUAGGAGGCGUAGAGAAAUGGAGGGAGGCGGAUACGGAGGAAGGUUGGGCUGAAUAUCAGUUGUCAAUGAGUUGGUAAUUUGGAGUAUAGUUCAAAGAUCACGC